GCUAAGCGGCCGACCGCGCGCGGGUUAUCGCGGCGCGGGGCUCAUAACCUGUUGAGGAUUUUGGCUCGGCUGACGCUGUUGCUGGCUGCGGGUGCUUCACACGCGAUACAGCUAUGCUGUCUGGCACCGGCACGCCCGACCCCUCCAAGCUGGUUCGGGCGGGGUCGGCCUCGCUCGCCAGCAGUGGGUCCCUCAUCUCGGCCGAGGGCGGCGGCGGCGGCAUGGUGUCGGACGUGCGUGCGGUGGCGGCGGGUCUGGUGGUGGCGCUGGCGCCACACGCCGCGCGGCCGCUGGUGCCUCCGCCUGGGUCCGGGUCCGGCAGCCUCCUCGGGGCGCUGGACUCGUUGCUGCGGGAGUCCGGCAGCCGCCGUGCGCAGGGCCUGGCCCUGGCGGCUCUGUGGGCGCUGGUGGGCUCGCCCGGCGGCGCGGCAGCAGUGGCGACGUCGGGUGUUCCUCGCAGCCUGGUGGCAGUGCUGAGGCAGCAGGCGGGAGGAGCGGGCGGCAAGGAGCGGGAGCGGGAAAGCAACGCCGGCGGCGGCAUGGGCGGCGGCAGGCGUGCGAGCACCAGCUACGGCACCUCGGCACAAGGCAGCGGCGACACCGCCUUGCGCACACUGGCGGUGGGCGUGCUGGCGUCGUUGGUGCAGCAGCUGGACGGCGCAGGCGCCUCCGCCUCCGCACCGUCCUCAGCCUCGCCGUCGGCUGUGGUCGCCGCGGCCGCGGCCGCCGCGCCUUCCGCCGCGGCCUCCUCGCUGGCGGCGGUGGAUGGGCUGGCGGCGGCGCUGCUGGAUGUGAUCGCGGCGGCAGCGGACCUGCUGAUGCGCUCGCUCAAGUCCAGCGGCGGCAACUCGGCCGGCAUGUCUCGCGGCGGGCUGGCGGCCAGCAGCGGCGAACUGCCGGACGUGGGGGCAUUGGAGUGCGGCCACCAGCAGCUGCUGUGGGGCGUGGCGGCGGUGGCGGCGCUGAGCCGCAGUGCGGCGGUGGCGGCGCGCUUCGCCAGUCUCAAGGCACUGGCACCGGCACUGCUGACCGCGCUCAAGAUCCGCACCUACGACAUCCAGCUCUACGCCGCUGGCCUGGUGGGCAACCUGGCCGGCCACACCGCCACGUCCGCCGUCAUCGCGGGCGUCAAGGGCGUUGGCCGGGAGUUGGUGAGGCAGCUGCGGGAGGCGCUGACGGCGCCCAGCGGCCGACCCGACCCCGAGGCGCCUGCUACAGAGCCGCUGCUGGCUGCCAUCCGCAACCUGGCUGGUAGCGAGCGCGGCCGGCAGGAGCUGGCGUCGGACCCCGCCACCGUGCCCUGCCUGGUGCGGGCGCUGGCAGGGGCGCCGCCGGCCCUGCCCGGCAGCCUGCAGGAGCCGUCUCCGCGCGCGCAAGCGGUGCAGCUGGCGGCCGCCGCCGCGCUGGCCAACCUGUCCGCCGACCGCUGCGGGCUGGAGGCCAUGGUGGCGGAUCAGGAGCUGCUGCUGCCGCUGCUGUGGACACUGGCGCGGAGCCUGGUGGUGCAGGUGCCGGUGAGCAACAACGGCAUGUCGGGGGGUGCGGCCGGGGCGUCUAUGGCCGCGCCGCCGCCACCACCGGGCGGCGGCGAGUGGCAGCUGUCGCGGCGUGUGGGCGCACGGCUGCGGCUGUUCACGUGCGUGCUGCUCGCCAACGCCAUGAGCCACCCCGUGCUGGCAAAGACCAGCCUCACGCUGCACGACGCCAUGGCCGUCCUCAGCGCGCUGGUGCUGGCGCUGCCGGGCCCCUCGCGCCACGCCGCGCAGGCCGACCCACUGGCGCCACUGCGCAGCCGCCGCCACCGCAUGGCCGCCGUCGCCGCACUGGAGGCCCUCAAGCAGCUCCUGCUCGCCGCCGGGCCCCGCGCCCUGCACAGCCUGCAAGGCCGGCCCACAGCCGUCAAGUCCGCCGCGGCAGCGGCGGCCGCCGGAGGCGCCGGAGGCGCCUCCGGCGCCGCCGCCCCGCCGCCGCCUAUGCCUUCGUCUCCGGGUUUCGCGACUCGGCCUCCGGCGCCCAGCCCCGGCGCUCCUGGGUCUCCUGCGCGGCUGGCGCACCUGGUGGACCACGUGAUGGACCUGCUGGCCUGGGUGGACUUUCACAGCGCUGAAGAGGUGGCGGCCGACCCCGGCAAUGCCGGCAUGGGCGCCGACGUGGCGGGCGCGGCGGCGGGCGUGGUGGGGCAGCUGGCCGUGCUGGGCGUCGUGGGUCGCUUCGCCGAGUACGCCUCCAGCAGCUGCCACAGCCUGGUCAAACUCAUGGUGCUGCCCACGCUGCAGCCGCUGCCGUACGGCGGCGGCGGCGCCCUGACGGGUGGCGGCGGCGGCAUGGCGGCUCUGGGUCUGGGGCUGGGUGUGGGCAGUGCCGUGCCUGGGUCGGGCGCGCCGCCGGGGGUGCUGGACGUGGCGGCGGGACACGCGGCGGCGGCGGUGUGGGCGCUCGUGUCCAACCCGCUGUGCCGCGCGUGGGCGUACCAGAUCCGCACCGACGCCGCGGCGCACCGGGUGAUGCUCCUGCUGGUGCGGCGGGGGCUGCGCGGCGGCACCCGGGCGCGGUUCGCCAGCGCGCGUGUGUUCGCGGCUGCAACCCUGGGCCAGCUGGCAGUGCAGGGCGGCAUCCCUGCGGCCGAGAUGCCCGAGCUGUUGUCCCCAGACAACGGCCUGCCGGGCGCACUGCUGGACCUGGCGUCACUGGCCAUGCCGCCCGCAGCAGCAGCAGGCGGGGCCGGAGGCGGAGGUGCAGGCGGCGGCGGCGGCGGCGGCCUGGGCGGUGGUGGCGGGGGUCCGGGCCGUGGGCGCGGCGGUGUGAACCCAAUGGGCAUGGAGCGGCACCCUGGGGCGCCGGGGGGCGGGGGGCCCGGCGGCGGCGGCGGCGCGGCUGCACGACAGCGGACCAAAGACAUCGACCCGGCAGAGCAGGCGCGCACCGCUGCGCUGGCGAUGGUGGGCGUCAGCGGCGACCUGCGGCUCACCAUGGGGCUGCAGGCGGUGGGCGGCCUGUCCCACCUGGCGGGGCAGGCGGGCGGCGCGGCGGCGCUGCUGCAGGUGCAGGGCCUGCUGGACACAGCGGUCCGGCUGCUGGGCUGCCCGCUGGACGAGGUGUGUGGGGUGGCGGCCAUGCUGCUCAGCGCCCUCAGCGGCGCGGGCGGCUGGCCCGCAUGCGGCGCCAUGGCCCGCUGCUCGGGUCUGGUGGAGGCGCUGGCGGCCGCGCUCAAGAGCCGAGGCAUGCAGAUCAAGGCCUACUGCGCUGUGGCUCUAGGCAACAUAGCCAACGGGCCGCCGCCGCCGCCGCCCGCCGCUGACCUGCCGCCCGACACAGCCGCUGCCGCGCUGUGUGACGGCGCCGUGGAGCGCAUGCUGGGCUGCGGCGCGCUGCACAGCCUGACAUGCAUGCUGGGCGAGUGCGGCCGACUGCUGGAGCUGCAGCAGCGCCGCCAGCAGCGGCAGCAGCAGGCGCUGCAGGCACAGGCGCAGCAGCAGCAGGAGCGCGAGGCGGAGGUACAGCUUGAGCUAAAAAUGGGGCUCGCGCACCUGCAAGGCAAAGAGGUGCGCGAGAUCUCAGGCCAGAGCCAGGUCGCAGCAACAGCCAGCACUGGGGAUGCAGGCGGUGAAGGCGCCAAACCAUUAAGGCAACCUCAGCAAUCGCAAGACAAGCAGCGGUCCUCCGGCUCGCCCCAGAGCCACCAGUCCCAUGGCACCGGCAGCCCACAGCGCCCCAGCCUCGACACCGCAGCCGCGCCGACGUUGUCCGACAUCACACACCCGCCAAGCGUGAGCGCCGUUCCCGGUGUCGAGCGCUUCCUCAGUCGCGGCAAGAGCAACAACGCCCGCGGCGGUGGUAGCGCUGACAGCAGCGCCGCUCCCGCGGCGGCCCCGGCCGAAGUUACAUCCACGGAUGGUGGCGGCGGCGCUUUGGGCGGGCCGCUGAAGGGCAGUCCGCCUCCACCAGUGCCGACCCAGCUGCUGACUAGCCUGGCAGUGCCGCUGGCGACGCCGCUGGUGGCGCCGCUGGGCAGCCCCGGCUCCCCCUCCAGCCCAGCUGCUCGCGGUCUGGGCGGCCCCUCGCGACAGCAGCUGUUGGCAGCCCAGCAGCAACAGCAGCUGGAGGGAGCGCUGCAGGGCCGGUCUUCUGUCGAGAUGGGACAGACCGGCCCCACGCCUGGGCCGGCGCUGCAGGCCGGCCCAGCAGCUGCGAGUGGCGCGGCGCACGGGCUCACUGUGCGGACCAUGUCGCGCUUCGGCGUAGCCGCUACACGCGGCGGCGGCGGCGGCGGUGAUGCCGCGGCCGGCACUCCAACAGCUGCCGGUGCUGCUACCGCUACUGCCUCCGGACCUGGUGCUGGUGGCGGCGGCGGCGGCGGCGUCGCCGCUAACCAGGUCGCCGACAUUUGGGCGGCGCUGGCGCCAUCGCUGUCGGCUGCUGCUGCGGCGGCAGGUGCCGUUCAGAACCUGAGCGCCCUGCACGCCACGGCUUGUGCCGUGCUGCUGCUGCCGGCGCCGCUCACUGCGAGCAUGGAUGCUUUGGACGCCCUGCUGAGCAGUGGUGGCGCCGGGGGCGGUGGCGGCGGUGGAGGCCUGGGUGCAGAGGACAGCCUCGGGGGCGUUGGUGGCGGCUUCGGCGCUUGGCUGGGGGCCGCCGGCACAUCAGCCGACUUGUCCGGGGACUUCUCCAUUUCCGGUGGCGGCGGUGGCGGCCCUGCCAUGCAGCCCACUGACCUGCGGCGCCUCCUCCGCUCUAGCACCAGCUUCAGCAGCAGCAGCCUGGGCAGCCCGGGUGGCGGCGCCGGUGGGGGCGGGGCUGGAGGCGUCGGCGGCGGUCGCACCGCGCCCAGCGCCGAUGCCGGCUUCCUGCCUACGGCGCUGCAUCUGCUGUGGCGCUGCUAUCAGCUGUUGGAAGGGCGCAGUCGACUGGAGCUGCCGGACUCGGUGCCUGCGGCAGUCGGCGUUGACGGCGGCGCGGCCGGCGGCGCCUCGGCGGCAGCGCCGGGAGACGCUGCUGGUGGGGGCGCAGGUGGCGGGGCCGGCGGGCGUGGUGGGGCAGGCAGCGUGGCGCGGGCCAGCCCGUUGCUGCUGUUGCUGCGGCUGUCGGUGCUGCUGCUGGGCACACUGGCAAACGUGUCUUCCACACGUGACGGCAAGGUCGCACUGCUGCGGCUGCUAGCCGACGGCGCCGGCGGCCCCGGCGCCGACGGCGCCGGCGCGGAUGGCGCGCCGGCUGCUGGCAGCAGCGCAGCAGCGGUCCCGCCGCCGUCAAGCCUGGCUGUGUGCCUGGUCGGACUCAUGACAUUGCCGGCACCGGAGCCGGAAGAGAUCCUUCGUACACCCGAGGCUGAGAGCGGUGGCGGCACUGGCACUGCUAACAGCCCCCAGGGUCGGGGGCUGCUGCGCAACCGCAGUAGCGGCCUCCGCCGCCUGGCCACCAGCGCCCUGCCGGGGUCGCCAAGCGCCGAGGGAGCUGCCGCGGGGGGCGCAGCCGGCGGCGGGGGUGGCGAAGGUUGCGACGGGCCAACGGACGUGGAGGACGCGGAGGCGGCGGCGCACGAUGCCGUCCGGGCGUCGGCGCUCGGGCUGUGCUGCAACCUUGUUGCAGAGGACCCUGAUGGCGGGAAUGGGGGUGAGGGAGGUUUUGGUGAGGAGGGUGAGGCGUCGUUUUGGGACGACGCAGUGGCGCUUGAGAAGGAGCUGUCAGAGCCGCCACGCAGCCGUCGCAGCACAGCAUCGGCUCACCAGAUGCCCGGUGGCGGCGAAGCCGCCGGCGGCGGCGGUGGCGGCGGUGGCGGCGGCGGAGGAGGGGGUGUGCUGGCGGCAAGCCCGGCGGUUGCGGGGCCGGGGGAGAUGCAGUACGGCAGUGUGGUGUUCCGCAGCGGCAGCGGCAUUGAGAUCGAAGACGGCGGCGGCGACGGCGGUGGUGUCUUGGAUGAGCUGGGCGGCGGGAGCGUGGGCCUGACCUGGCCGUCGGGCGCGGCUGGGAAGGCGCCGGCAACGCCGCCCAUGGUGCUGCGAGGCCAGAGCUCCGCGGCCGCAGGUGCCGGCGGCGCAACCGGGCUCACGGCAGAGGCGUCCGCUGGCGCGGUGGGCAGCGCGGGCGGUGACGGCGACGGGCUGGAUGACUUCGAGUUCGGGCUCACGGGCGGCUUUGGCCCCAGCAGCGCGGGGCGCACCACCGCCCGCGCGACGCGCUCGGCGGCCGGCAGGGGCACGGCGCCGGGGCGGGGCGUGCUGCUGGCGGCGCUGCAGCGCAGUGAGGCGGUGCAGGCGUUCCUGUCCGACCUGGCGGCGGCCGCACGUGGCCGCGAGCAGCGCCUGAUCCGCCACAUGGCCACGUGGCUGCUGCACGUGUGCACCACCACGACGGCGGCGGCAGCAAUGGCGGGGGGGACGGGGCAAGCGAGUGUGCAGGCGAGCCUUGCUGGAAACAGUGGCGUGCCAAAGGCUUAAAGGCAACGUCGGUUCGGAUUUUGUGAUACCGUACUAGGGGCAUUCCUGUGUGAUGCCGCACUAUUGCAAGCUAGGCUUGUCAGGUGUUUGUCGUGGGUAUUUGUCGUGUGAAGCAGCGGACGAUUGACCUGAACCUCAAUCGUCCUUACAUUUAUUCAAAGUCGGAUCUUGAACAUCGUGUCCCUUCAUCGGCUUACUGCAUGCACCUCGCACGCAAUUCAUAAGAGACACAGCUCGCGUCCCUCAACGUGCAUGUAUGCAUGCCCGCGUUGAGGGCGGAUUGGCGGCCAUCCACUGUCUAUCUGUAAAUGACCACCAUCAGCACAGCAAUACUCCAUGCAAACGUAACACCUACACCGCGUGUGCCGAGCCGUAUGUACAUACGGGGCCCCAGGCCUAACAAGUAUACACAUGGUAAUGCGUCUAAAUGGUGCGCACAUCGAACACUGGCCGCAUACUGUCGCAAACAUGCUAUGUACGACACCGACUGGCAGGCACGCAAUCGUACAGCACUGAUAUCCUAAUCGUACAAGGGCAGCAGGUCCUCGCCCACAACUUCUUAGCACGCCGUCCAGCACGCUCCGUGUACACACAUGCGGGUUCCGACCCUUCGACCGCACUUCACGCGCUGGUCACACGCUGGGCAGGAGCACGCGAUAGCUCGUAACAGCUACCUGUAGGCGC